CUUCUUGACCCAUCUUUAGUAUCAGAUCCUCUGUGUUACCUUUUGAAUUGCUUAAUUGUUUGGAAGUCCAUAAAGCAACCAGUCAAUGGCUGGUGCUGUUCUUCUUGUCUCUUUACUCCUGAUUUCUUGUUUAGCAGCAAGUUGCCAUGGUGCAACCUUAUCUUCUCUUCAGAAAACUCUGAUUGUCACAGCGUCGCCAAAAAAUGGACAAGUUCUGAAAGCUGGGGAAGACAGUAUAAAUCUGACUUGGUCAUUCAACAAUUCGUUUUUGGCCAGGACAGAUUCAGCCUACAAGACUCUGCAGGUGAAGCUUUGCUAUGCACCCAUCAGCCAACAGGACAGGGCCUGGAGAAAAACAGAGGACAAUUUAGUCAGGGACAAAACCUGCCAACACAAGAUUGUUGCAAAGCCAUACAGAUCCUCGACCUCUCACAACAAUUUUACUUGGAAAGUGCAAAGGGAUGUGCCAACUGGAACGUACUUUGUCCGGGCAUAUGCUUACAACUCUGCAGACGAAGAGGUUGCCUACGGCCAGACCACAGACGCUAAUAAGACUACUAAUUUAUUCCAAGUCGAGGCAAUCAGUGGACGUCAUGUCUCGCUAGAUAUUACCUCGAUUUGCUUCUCGGCUUUUGCAGUCGUGUCUUUGUUUGGGUUCUUCUUGUUGGAGAAGAGAAGAACCAAAAACUCCCAAGAAAAGUGAUGCGACCUUUGAGUACUAUAUUUUUUCCUUUUUUUAAUCAGCAUUCUGCACUAGAAAACUUCUAUUACAUCAUGAUGGUAAUUUGCUUAUUUAUGGAAGUGUUAUUUGCUAAAUGUAACAUCUCCAGAUAAGCAUUUCAGCUUUUA